AUGGUAUAUAUUUCCACUGCACAAAUUCUUCAAAGAAAAUUGAGUAUGAAAAAAAGCCUUUGGGAUCAACACUUACUUUCCAUGGCGGAAGAUUAUUCGACGCGAAGAAAUUGUGAAAAAGAGGGAAAAGAAUGUAAUGAUAAAUUAUUUUUGAUUCAAGUUGCAUCUGUUCCCGGUAGUCAAGCAGGAAUGUCGUAUGAACAAAGUAAAAUGUUACAUGACAUUCUCGUUCAACGUAUUAUUACAAAUAAUCGUUCUCAAAUCCAAGCACUGACUAAAUUAUCUAUUAAACAUGAAAUCGUUUUAAAAUCAGGCUAUUCUUAUACUCAAAAAUGGGGCUUUGAACCAAAUAUGUACAUUAAAAUAGAGGGAAAUGAACAAAUAGCUAAGAUAAUAUCAGCACUAUUUGGUCAAGCGUUUUGUCAAGACGGAAUUGGACUCUGUUAUCAUCAAAAUAUUGACUCAAAUGAGAAUGGACAUAAAAUUAUUUCAAUAAGUAAUUUGAAUAAUUCAUUAUUUAAUGAGCAAGACAGAAAAUUAAUUAUUGAUUUAAUAAAACAAAAUUAUCCAUGUAUAUCGGCACAAAUUGAUACAUCAGGACAGUCGAUUGAAUUUCAUGAUUAUCAAAAUGGUACUUGUUCGUGUUGUACACAAGUAUUAAAUAAAGAACAUGUCAAAUGCAUCUUAUCCAAUUAUAAAUAUAAUAUUGAAGAAAGAUAUGGUAAAAGUGAUGUUGUCGAUCAAACAGAAUAUUUAGAUGUACUCGCUGGAGUUAAUUUUGAACUGAAUGCGUCACAUUUUCGUGGUGGUAUCAUUACUUGGUCUAUCGUUAACAGUACUAAUGCUACUGUUACGAUUAACAUAUAUCAGACAUAUUCAUGGAAGAAAAGUGCGGUUCCGUGCGACAAUACAAUAAUAGCUUCACAAACUUUAAUUGGAAGUGGACUAUUAUCGUGUAUUAGCUCUUGUUCCACCUCAAGCGGAUUUGCAAGUCUCACCGCUGCUACAUAUUGCACAGAUUUUAGUGGUGUAGGUGACGUGUCUUCUGGAAAACGUUCGGAUUCUGUCACUCUGGCAAUUGGAUCCUACUUCUAUGCAGCAUUUUCAGGAAGCGCAUGGUUCGCUGGAGUUGGUGGUGGUUCAUGGAGCAUUACAACGUACAUUAAUGUACAACUUCGACCAGAUGGACAUAUUAACCAUCCGCCAACAGUGGCUGCGCUAUCUGUGAUGAACAUUCCGUUGAAUGUUACAAGAAAUAUUGCACUGUCUGUCUGGGACGCAGAUAAUGACUUUUUACGUUGUCGUUGGGCUAACUCAUCCCCUGUCGACGAAUGUGCAUCAGUGUGUUCUGAAGUACCCAAUUCUACAUUGUUUGCUGACACGUGUACUCUACAAUUUAUUGGUUUAAUACCCAGCACUUACUAUGUCGUAGCAUUAAUGUUAGAAGAUUUUUAUACAAUGAACAGCACUACUGCUCUUUCUUCCAUUCCUCUACAAUUUUUAAUUUAUGUUUAUCAAUCUGGUAACUGUUCUAUACUACCAACGAUUGUUUCCACGCAAAGCUGUGUAGAUGUCCAAGCAAUGGUGCCAUAUAGUCAAACAUUAUCGGCACAAGUGGGAUGUAAUUUUAAUAAUAUUACAGACUUUGUCUCUACGUCACCCACAGGUAUGUUGAAAUCGGAUGUUUAUAAAAAUUCGUUGCAAUCAAACACGUAUUCGAUUAAUCUGACAUGGACACCGGCAAUAAACCAAGUUGGCACGCAAAUAUUUUGUACUGCAGCCACAGAUAGUGAAUUUCAACAAUCAAUUCAAUACUGCAUCACAUUCAUCGUCUCAUUAACAAGUGCAACAUUAUGCCCCGAAACGACGAUUAUUCAAAAUACAACGGUAUCAGCGAUGAGCACAUUAGUAAGCGGUAGUUUCAACUGGUUACCCUUGGCAAUCGGCCUGAGUUUAGGUGGACUCCUAUUGAUGUUGGCAACAUGUUUCAUUUGUUACCAUUUAUUGUGCAACAAAUACUGGAGAAAAAAACAUUUAGAAAAAACUACAGAAGAAGAAACAAGUUACAUAGAAAGCGACAUAUCACAUGAAAGUCCUCAUGGAGUCUCGUCCGAAAUUGCCUUUCAGUCAAAUGCUGAAGGACCUGUAAAAAAGAAUCAUGACUCGGCAACACAACCAACUAAGACAGAUCCAACACAAACAAAACAACGAAUAAGUCAUGUCUUUAUGACAAAACUUAGCCGUAACGCCCGACGAGUCAGUCGAGUAUUCACGAAACCGACAAAGGCCUAUAUCGUUUAUAAUGCAGAUAAUGAUAUCGAAUCGACGAUCAUAGACAGAUUUCCUCCUACAAAUCUUAGUAUAACACGUGAAAAAUCUGUAAAUCAAAUGGUAAAAGUGACGAGAACUCAAACAGCAAAAUCUGACAAACAGAAGACGUCUACUGUGGCAAGUGCUACUAUCGAAAAUACGAUAAAUGAGGAUGACACGUUCAACCGAGAGGAAAGCCUAUCUCUUAAAAAAGUAAAUCCUAGAUCUGCGGCACAUUCAGCAAAACCGAUGGUGUAUAAACAACGCUCAGCAACGGUUACGGGUGACGCAAAGUUACCCGGCACACCUACUGCUAUCAAGGUUAUUCGCUUAAAAUCCUGUAAAGUAAUUGAUGAACUAUCAGAGGAAACGAAUGAUGUUGCAGAUGAUUAUGUUGAAAAACGGUUAACUACAACAACAAAUAAAAGUGUUAUCGUUUCUCGUGUUAAAACAUCAAAACUUGGAACUAACAAUCAACGCAGUGAGUUUUCUUACCGAGCACAACGUCGACGAUCAAAAUCUUGCAGUGACAAUCCAGAUAUUAUGAUAAAUACAGGAAAUCUUGGUAUAAUAUCGCCUAUCAAAAGACCUGUAACUGUGGUGCGUGUCAAAACAGGCAGAAACCAUUCUGCGCAAGUAGUUGAGACUAUUGACGGUUCAGAAAUUGCUACAAAACUGUCAGCUAGUAAAUCUUGCAGUGACAAUCCAGAUAUUAUGACAAAUACAGAAAAUCUUGGUAUAAUAUCGCCUAUCAAAAGACCUGUAACUGUGGUGCAUGUCAAAACAGAUACAAACGAUUCUGCGCAAGUAUUUGAGACUAUUGACGGUUCAGAAAUUGCUACAAAACUGUCAGCUAAUAAAUCUUGCAGUGACAAUCCAGAUAUUAUGACAAAUACAGAAAAUCUUGGUAUAAUAUCGCCUAUCAAAAGACCUGUAACUGUGGUGCAUGUCAAAACCGAUACAAACGAUUCUGCGCAAGUAUCUGAGACUAAUGACGGUCCAGAAAUUGCUACAAAACCGUCAGCUAAUGUGAACGUAAUCAAAGUGCCUCGCCAUACUCUUGUUCAUAACCGUGACAAAACAUGA